AGAAUACUCUGUAAUGUCCCAUAGCGAAAUAGAUAGAUUGAUUGAUUGAUGGGUUCCGUUCAGUCUGUCGGCACUCGGCAUGCGAGGUCCAGAUCUACAUACUAGGAGUAGGAGUAGAGGUGCCGGUCUAGCCGUUCGCAUCGACUUGUUUGAGUGGAGCAGGGAAGGGAUGGUGCUUCCGUCAGGUGGAAUGGAUGUCGUUGAUUGGAGUCGAUCGGUUCCUCGGCUGGGGUUGGAAGGGUCUGUUUGCUGCUGACGACAUAGGUUGGUCUGUCUUACUUGACCUUGACCUGGUUUGACUUGACUCGGGACUGGACUCCGUUUGUCUUUUAUCUACUGGACUUGUCCGCUCCCUUGAAGACUUGGUUCUGGUAGAUUUCUUGCGGAGAAUUGUUGAUUUGAUUUAAGACGUUUUAAUCUGCCUAGAGGUAUACAAUGGCGACUCAAGAGCGCAAGCUUCCUUUUGGGAAGAUCGAGCCCAAUUCGGCGAGGUAUUUCGCGAGCUGUACGGUGGGCGGCAUUGUUGCUUGUGGACCGACGCACACCGCUGUCACGCCUCUUGAUCUCGUCAAGUGUCGCCGUCAAGUCGACCCCAGCAUCUACAAGUCGAAUCUCUCGGCAUGGCGCUCGAUCUACGCCAAAGAGGGCCUCCGCGGGGUCUUCUUCGGCUGGUCGCCGACCUUCAUCGGAUACUCGUUCCAAGGGGCCGGGAAAUACGGAUUCUACGAGUACUUCAAGUACCUGUACGGCGAGCAGCUGUUCCCGAACAUGAACCGCACGGCGGUGUUCCUGGGCGCCAGUGCGUCGGCCGAGGCGCUCGCGGACGUGGCGCUCUGUCCCCUUGAGGCGAUCAAGGUGCGCAUGCAGACGACGCUGCCUCCGUAUGCGCAGAACCUGCGCGAAGGAUGGAGCAAGGUCGUCGCCAAGGAGGGCUUCUCGGGGCUGUACAAGGGCCUGUAUCCGCUGUGGGCGCGACAGAUCCCGUACACGAUGACCAAGUUCGCGACCUUCGAGGAGACGGUCAGUGUGAUCUAUAAGACGCUGGGGAAGCCGAAGGAGAGCUUCAACGGGCUGCAGCAGACGGGGGUCAGUUUCUUGGGAGGAUAUAUUGCGGGCAUCUUCUGCGCCAUUAUCAGUCAUCCGGCCGAUGUGAUGGUUAGCAAGCUGAAUGCCGAUCGGCAAGCUGGCGAAGGCGCGAUGAAAGCCGUGUCGCGGAUCUAUGGGAAUAUCGGAUUCUCGGGGCUGUGGAACGGCCUGCCAGUUCGAAUCGUCAUGCUGGGAACGUUGACCGGCUUCCAAUGGUUGAUUUACGACUCCUUCAAGGUGUUCCUCGGUCUUCCGACCACCGGAGGCCAUUGAUUUUGUGAUUUGGUUGUGUUUAGAUUUCGUUAGCGAUGAGUUAUGGUUUGAUCAAUAUAAUGAGUGCCGUAAAUGAUGUAU